GCUCCGUUCCUUCGUUCUUCCUUUCGCUCCUGCGGCAGCGGCAGCGGCGGCAGCCCAGAGCCCCGGACCUUGCAGGGGGGUUUGAGCGGCAUGCUGCUAGAUGCGGGGCCGCAGUUCCCCGCGCUGGGAGUGGGCACGUUCGCCCGGCACCCGCCCCCGUCGGCGGCGGAGAUGCAAGAGCGCGAACUGAGCCUGCAGAACAGCUUCGUGGACUCGGCGGCGGCGGCGGCGGCGGCUCACCUGGGGGCCUUCAAGCUCAACGCGGCGGCAGCGGCGGCGGCUCACGAGCUCUCCCCGGGGCAAGGCUCGGCUUUCAGCUCGCAGGCGCCGGCUUACCCGCACGCCGCCCAUGUCGGUUCCUACUCCGGGCCGCCUUUCAACUCCCCGCGGGACUUCUUGUUUCGGAGCCGAGGCUUCGGGGAGCCGACGGCGGGCGGCGGCGGACAGCACGGGCUUUUUGGGGCGGCGGCAGCGGCGGCCACCGGCAGCCUCCACCAUCCGCACGCGGAGGCGCAGAGCCACCUGCUCUUCCCGGGCAUCGGAGAUCAGCAUGGCGCUCCCGGUUCCCCCAACGUACUCAACGGGCAGAUGCGCUUGGGCUUACCCGGAGAAGUCUUCGGUCGGUCGGAUCAGUACCGGCAGGUGUCCAGUCCCCGAACUGAUCCUUAUUCGGCGGCCCAGCUGCACGGCCAAUACGGCCCCAUGAAUAUGAACAUGGGCAUGAACAUGGCGGCACACCACGCUCACCACCCGCACGCCCACCCGCACGCCCACCACCAUCACCACCACCACCACCACCACCCCGGGGCCUUCUUCCGCUACAUGCGCCAGCAGUGCAUCAAGCAGGAGCUGAUCUGCAAGUGGAUCGACCCGGAGCAGCUCAGCAGCCCCAAAAAGAGUUGCAAUAAAACUUUCAGCACCAUGCACGAGCUGGUCACCCACGUCUCCGUCGAGCACGUCGGGGGUCCUGAGCAGAGCAACCACAUCUGCUUCUGGGAGGAGUGUCCGCGCGAAGGGAAGCCCUUCAAGGCCAAGUACAAGCUGGUCAACCACAUCCGCGUGCACACGGGCGAGAAGCCUUUCCCCUGCCCCUUCCCGGGAUGCGGCAAGGUCUUCGCCCGCUCCGAGAACCUCAAGAUCCAUAAAAGGACGCACACAGGGGAAAAGCCCUUCCAGUGUGAGUUCGAAGGCUGUGACAGGCGCUUUGCCAACAGCAGCGACCGGAAGAAGCACAUGCACGUCCACACUUCGGACAAACCCUACUUGUGCAAAAUGUGUGACAAAUCUUACACCCACCCCAGCUCUCUGCGGAAACACAUGAAGGUCCAUGAAUCUUCCCCACAAGGCUCCGACUCCUCGCCUGCUGCCAGCUCUGGCUACGAAUCCUCCACCCCUCCCGGUUUGGUGUCCCCCAGCACAGAGACCCAAAGUACGGCCGCCUCCAACUUGUCUCCGGCAGCUGCUGCGGCGGCCGCCGCCGCAGCAGCGGUGGCGGCGUCUGCAGUUCAUCGGAGCAGUAGCAGCAGCGGCACGGGUGGCUCGGGCGGCGGCGGAGGCGGCGGCGGCGGCGGAGGGAGCCACAGUAGCCUUACCUCCAAUUUCAACGAGUGGUACGUCUGAGGACGCCCAGUGCUGCUGCCACUCUUCUUGGAUCCCUGGGGGCCAAGCAGUCGGAGUCCGUUUUGCAACUGUCUCUCAUUCACUCUCUUUUUUCUCCUUUUGCUUGAAUUCGAAAACAUUCCGAAGCAGAGAGAAAGAGAAAGAUUGAGAGAGAGAGAGAAAUGCGGAUAGGGACUCUUUAAAAAAACAAAAAAAAGAGAGGAAUAAGGAGGAGAGGAAGGAGAAGGAAGUCUUCAAAGCAGCAAAGGGUUCUCCCCACCCAGAGACAGCCGCUGCCUCCACACUUGCAAAUAUUCCGUGUGCAGAGAUUUGUCCUCCAAGCGCCUUGGAACAAAAGAUCAGAGCUCGUCCAUCUCUCCCAGUGUACAUAGAAGAAUCCAAGGUGGUAAUCAACCUUUUCUUAUUGUAUAGAAAUUGGUCCACUUUGUGAGCUAUGGAUUGCUUUUCCUUUAUCAUUUCCCACUCAGAGCUCUUUUUGCCUCUUGAGCAUCCUUCUCUUUUCUCUUCUCUUCUCUUCUCUUCACCUCUCCCCUAGUUCUCCUAGUUCUCGAAUUCAUCUAUUUUAAAAGGGGAGAAGGGAAAAACAUGAAAGCAAAUGGUUUUUUUUUCUCUCCUGUAAUUGUGGUAUUGAAUAUUGUGUUCCCUUUUAAAGAGGCAACUUUGAUUGUAAACUUCAUUAAAAUAUAGAUCUGAAAG